AAGGGAAAGAACACUCAAGAAACAAAGUAGUUGAAACUUGACGGGCGUCCGCGUCUCUUCUCUCUAUCUCUCUCUGUCUCCUACCUCACAAGAUAAGUCCAAAAGAUGACUAAAUUUGGCAAAGAGCUACUGCGUCAAAGCCCAUUUCCUGAUUUUAUGGUGGGGUUUAGGAAGAUUGAGGAAAACCAAUGCAUAUGGCUUCUUGUUCCUCAGGAACCAGGGAAAUUUUUUCUGCCCGGAGUUGAAAUUUUCCGGUUUCUCUGCAAUUCCAAGCCACAUUCCCAGAUGCGAUUAAUUUUUUCGAUCUUGUUGUCUGGGUUUGUCUUGUUAUUAUCCUAAUUUUUUCCAUCCUCUCAGCAUGGGUCUAAAUUUGUAAUGGUGAUGGUUGUUCCCCUGUUGUGGUGGUGGUGGUGCUAAUACUAAUUUCUUAUUUUACCGGAAAAAGAAGAUUUUUUUUUUUUUUUUUGAUUAAUCAAGGUUCCGGGUAGUGGAAGAUGAAUUGCUUUCCUUGCUGUAAGCCGGGUGAUAAGGGGCCUUCAUUGAAGAAGAGCAAGAAGGAAUUGAAAGACGGGGGUACAUUAGCCUCAUUCAUCAAAAGAAUCUCUUUCAAGUCUGAAAGUUCCAGGUUGAAGAUAGCUGACGAGAUACUGAAACUUGGAAAUGGAAACAUUGCCGCCAAAACCUUCACAUUUCGUGAGUUAUCAGUUGUAACUAAAAAUUUCAAAUCUGAAUGUCUGCUGGGAGAAGGCGGCUUUGGGAGAGUGUACAAGGGACUGAUCGAGAGCACAAACCAAGUUGUAGCUGUUAAGCAACUUGACCGGAAUGGAUUGCAAGGAACCAGAGAGUUCCUUGUGGAGGUUUUGAUGCUGAGUCUUCUUCACCACCCAAACCUUGUGAACCUGAUUGGUUAUUGUGCAGAAGGCGAACAAAGGAUUUUAGUGUAUGAAUACAUGCCAUGUGGGUCUUUAGAAGAUCACCUUCUGGAUUUGACUCCAGAAAAGAAGCCUUUGGAUUGGAAUACCAGGAUGAAAAUUGCUGUAGGUGCAGCCAAAGGUCUUGAAUAUUUGCAUGACACAGCUGACCCCCCAGUGAUUUAUCGUGAUUUUAAAGCAUCUAACAUACUAUUAAGUGAUGAUUUCAAUCCAAAACUCUCUGAUUUUGGUCUUGCCAAGCUGGGUCCAACUGGUGAUAAAACCCAUGUGUCUACAAGAGUGAUGGGGACCUAUGGCUAUUGUGCACCUGAGUAUGCAAUGACAGGUCAGUUGACAACAAAGUCCGAUGUGUACAGUUUUGGAGUCGUGUUUCUGGAGAUAAUCACAGGAAGGAGAGUUAUUGACAAUGCAAGACCUACAUCCGAACAGAAUCUUGUUACUUGGGCACAACCACUUUUUAGGGAUAGGAGGAAAUUUACAUUAAUGGCGGACCCACUUCUUGAAGGAAAAUACCCCAUAAAGGGCUUAUACCAAGCUCUCGCGGUUGCAGCCAUGUGUCUCCAGGAGGAAGCUAGCACCCGGCCAUUGAUCAGUGAUGUUGUAACUGCUCUCGAGUAUCUAGCUGUACCAAAUAGUGAAGAUGAAAAUACUAAAGACACAACGAAUUCAUCUCCUAUUGAUAGAGAUAGUUUUUCAGAUGCUAGAACACAAGGUGAUGUGGAUAGAGAAGAAGGAAGUGUUGCCCAUGGACUGUAGCUUUGUUGCAGAAUAAUGAAGGCAAUUGCAGUUAGGCAGCAGGAUAAAUCAAAACUCAUGUACCUUUGGAGAGGAUGGCGCUCCUCUCUCUCUCUCAAUCCAUAUGUGAGUAAUGAUCAUAGUGAAGAGACAUGGUUUCAGAGCUCAAAUUUAGAAAAUUAACAGAUUAAACAGUUGGUGCAAGUAUGGUUAUGGGCAGUUUGAUAGCGUGACUGUUGGUUUAUGAGCUGCUGAAUUCUAUAGUGUACUCAUCUACAAAUGGCCAAAUUGGAGGACAAAUGAUGGAACUGUGUUUGCUAGGCCUCCUUACCGAUUUCUUCAAGUCAAGUGGAAAGAUGGGAUGUGCGACAAGUGCCUAUGAUUUGCUUCUAUUUGAAAAUCCAGUUUGUUUCGAGCCUUAACUCUCCAUCUUGUUAUGGUAAGAAUUAUGUAUAAAACCAAUCAACCAGACUCAAAGCUGCAAUUUAAUGAUGAUCACAAGUGUCCAUUUUAUAGACUUUCUUUGAGUUUUGUUGCCUCGGAAGUUCAAUGUGCAUUUAACUUUGUUUCAAUGAUCAUUGGACACAAAUUCUAAGAUUCAUAAUAUAGAUAUGGUUCGUGUGGUUAAAA